CUAGUCUCUUGACAAUCUUGGCUCCUAAUAAAUAGAUCUAAUCACAUUCUUGCACGUAGCGAUCGAACGGUAGCGUUUCUUGACUCUUCUUUUCUCAUCUAGCCUGCCACUUUUGAUCGAUGUCUUGAUCCUAGCGAUCGAUCUCUUCUACUUAUAAUCGAUGUAGUGAUCAUAGGGAUCGAUCUUUUCCUCGUUUUUUGCUUUUCACCUUUGAAUGGAUUGCUCCAGCGAUGAAUCAUGCAUCAACAAGGACGAAGCCCUGCACCUCAAGAUCGCGGGGAUCGCCGCGAUCCUCGUCAGCUCCUUGCUAGGUGUCGCGAUCCCGCUGGUGUUCAAGAGCUUCAAUCGCACAAGAGUGUUCUUCGCGGGGCAGUGCUUCGCGGCCGGCGUGAUCCUCUCCACCGGUUUCGUGCACAUACUCCCGGACGCGUUUGCGGCGCUCACCAAUCCAUGCCUGUCGGAGCAUCCAUGGGAGAAGUUCCCCUUCCCGGGAUUCAUCGCCAUGACCACUUCCAUGCUGGUUUUGUUCGUGGAUUCCAUGGCACUGGGCUAUUACACUCGCAGGGAGGGGGAGACAUCGUCCAUGGGCGAUCAUGCAGAUCAUCCACACCAUGUCCACGCUCAUCCUUCCAACGAUCAUAGCGCAGAGGUCUCCAAGGUCCACGAUUCGCAGGAGCUUGAAGCCAGUGCCGGGUCGCCAACAACAACUAUAAAAAACAAAGUUGUGGCUCAGGUGCUAGAGUUUGGGAUCCUCGCACAUUCGGUGAUAAUUGGAAUCGCUAUGGGAACUUCGAAUAGUCCAUGUACUAUUCGUCCUUUGGUUGGGGCCCUUGUGUUCCAUCAGUUUUUCGAGGGAUUAGCACUUGGUGGAUGCAUUUCCUUGGGAAGCUUUAAGGUCGUUUCCAAGCUGCUCAUGGCUUUGUUCUUCACUAUCACGACCCCCGGUGGGAUUGGUAUUGGGAUGAUUAUUUCUUCGAGAUAUAACGAAAAUGAUCCCAAGGCUUUGAUUGUGGAGGGAGUGUUUGACUCUAUGUCCGCUGGAAUUCUUAUCUACAUGGCUUUGGUUGACUUACUUGCCUCUCAUUUCAUGAGUAAGGAGUUCUUGCAACAAUCUUGGAGACAUUACAGUUUAGGAUAUUUGUUUUUGGUCUUAGGAGCUGGAGCAAUGUCGGUGAUUGCUAUCUGGGCUUAGAUGUUUUCAUAAAAAUAUAAUAUAAUAUUCUAG